CCAGCGCUAAUAGAGAGAGGGGGCAGGGUCUGAUGUUCCCUCGGCUGGAACACAGCGGGGAAAGGAAAAGAAAAGCAUCAGGUUUCGUAGGACCACAAUCCCACCUCCUUCACCGCGUGGCACUUGGGCAUCCCGCACCCGCAUAUAUACCCGCUGUCCCCGUCAUCCUCCGUGGACACGGCGGCCGCGGCAGCAAUCGCCUGAAGACGCCCCGGGUGGCUCAGUCCUUGCAGCCUCCAUGAUGUGGGAACUGAGAUCCGUGGCCUUCACCCGCGCCGUCUUGGCGGAGUUUCUGGCCACGUUGGUCUUCAUCCUCUUCGGCCUGGGCUCUGCACUCAACUGGCCCUCAGCUUCCUCCCCGAGCAUCCUGCAGAUCGCGCUGGCGUUCGGCUUGGCCAUCGGCACACUGGUCCAAGCCCUGGGGCAUGUCAGCGGCGCCCACAUCAACCCGGCGGUGACCGUGGCUUGUCUCAUUGGCUCCCAGGUCUCCUUCCUCCGCGCCGUGUUCUACGUGGCGGCGCAGCUCCUGGGCGCCGUGGCCGGGGCCGCCAUCCUGCACCAGGUCACCCCCGCGGACUCCCGGGAAGGCCUGGCCAUCAACAAGCUGCACAACGAGACGACGACAGGGCAGGCGGUGACGGUCGAGCUCUUCCUCACCUUCCAGCUGGUCCUGUGCAUCUUCGCUUCCACCGACGAGCGCCGGGAGGACAACCUGGGCUCCCCUGCCCUCUCCAUCGGCCUUUCUGUUGCCGUGGGGCAUCUCCUUGGGAUCCGUUACACCGGCUGCUCCAUGAAUCCGGCCAGGUCUUUCGCCCCUGCUGUGAUAGUCGGAGACUUCAGUGACCACUGGGUCUUCUGGGUGGGCCCCCUGGUCGGGGCGGCAGCCGCCUCCAUCAUCUACAACUACAUCCUCUUCCCACAAGCCAAAAGCUUCUCGGAGAGACUCGCCAUCUUCAAGGGCCUGGAGCCGGAGGAGGACUGGGCAGAGCGCGAGGCGCGGCGGCGGCAGUCGGUGGAGCUGCACUCCCCGCAGGCCCUGCCGAGGGGCAUGUCCGAGAAGGUGUAGCCAGACCUGCCCGGGGCCGAGAGCGGGGCUGGGGAAGCUCUGGUUCUGGAGACAGCGCUUGUCCAGACGAGCAACUCGCCUCUCCCCUCUCCCUUCGGUUUUGCUGGGGGCACACGUCGACUCGUCUCCUGGGGAGAUGCACCACGAUGGCCCAAACCAGCUUCUGUCGCCCAGCUCCCCCCGCAGCUGACGAUUUUCUGGUGCUAGGGGGAAAACGCCAUUAAACCAAAACCACCAGCGCAGCAACAGGAACGAAGACACCGGGAUCCCAGCGGCUCCUUCCACACCCCUUGCAGGACGCAGCGCUCGGUGGCGUUCGCUGCCCUUCGCGAGGAGCUCGGAGGUGCCGCAGAGCUGUCAUUACGGCCAUUUGCGGGGCGUGGAGGUUGCCACCCGAUGGCUCACGGCUGCUCCGCUCCGCUCGCCCGUUUGCGCAGGAUCGCUCAUUCUGUGCCGCGCGCGUCGCACAGACCGCGAGUUCUGCUGCUGCGAGGACCCACAUCGCCCUUUCCUUAGACAAUGGGACUGGAAGCAGCUCCCUGAGCCCCUGCUGACCGCCCGGGCACCUCUUGCAACCGCUUUCUCCUGUGACAAUGAGAAACCCGAUUUUCAGCUCAAGCUCAUCCACAGCUCGUCUGUUUCUCGGGCCAGUGUUGCUCUUUGGCUUUGAUGCUUCAUCCCUCUCCAUUAUUCUUUUUGCUUUCUCUCCUCUGGUCCUGUCCUGCUCUGAUUUUUGGGUGAGAAACAGUGUUUCCCUCGCUUCCUCCAGCCCAGAGCUGCUGCUGGCUGCAACCCACCCCCUCAGAACCAGCCCAGCCCUUUCUCCUGCUGAGUCAGGCCCUGCUUAUGGUCCCCAGCACAGCCAAAGCGUUUGGCUCAGUCUUCAGGACAUAACUUUGCUCUUUCAACCAUUAAUUUAAUCCCAUUUCCAUUACUUAGCCAAAAAGCCAUACAUUCCUGGCGUGACAUCCUGACGUCUCCCCAGCAUUGCACCACCACGUCACCACCACAUUCAGGCUGUUUCUGCUAAGGCCAUUAAUGGAAACAGUCAAUGAGUCAGACCCGAUGCCAAAUCCUAAGGAACAUUAGCGACCUUUUCCUCCCUCUGGACACGAACCACCACCAAACGAUGCUCUUCUCUUGCUCCUUGUGCACUGUGCUCUACCUGUCCCAGCCUCUCCCGUCUCCUGAACGCAUCAUUUCCUCUGUUCCUCGCUGUGCUCGUCCUCUAACGUGCUAAUGGCCAUUGCUGGACAGGAAAGGAGUGCACAGCUUUGAUCUGCCCCGCACGAGGCGUUGUCGUGGUCUUCAUUCCAAUCCCCAUGGGCUGGGAGCGCGGGAGCUCCCGCGUCGCCUCCGCUCCUUGGUCCCGGUCUCCACUUCGCUCCUCCAGCGGCAAAGGAGCAUCUGGAGGGUAUCUCAGAAAAGGCUUGUCAAAAAAAUCUAUCUGUUCUCCGCAAUGGGAGUCAAAUCACGUUUCAAUCAGAGUGUAAAACUGUAGUUAAAGCACCAAGUAACUCA